AGAAAAGCAUCGGUUUUGUCCCGUAAGGCCAUCCUCGAGCUCUUAGCCUCACAGACAAUCAACCCUCAUGCACGCCUAGUCACUCGCACUUACAGUGCAAGAACAACGAAAGAAGAAGAGAGAAAAGAAGAGAGAUGGGAGUGGAAGGAACGAUAGAAUACUUCUCCAACUUGCUGAGCAGUGUGACCAGCAAGAAGAAGAAGAAGCAGAUCCAGACCGUGGCCCUCAAGGUCAGGAUGGACUGCGAGGGUUGCGCUCGCAAGAUGAAGAGCGUCCUCUCCUCCGUCAAAGGUGCUAAAUCGGUGGAAGUGGACCUGAAGCAGCAGAAGGUGACGGUGACGGGGUACGUGGACCAGAAGAGGGUGUUGAAAGCGGCCAAGUCCACCAAGAAGAAGGUGGAGCCGUGGCCCUACGUCCCCUACACUCUGGUGGCUCACCCCUACGUCUCCCAGGCCUACGACAAGAAGGCCCCCGCCAACCACGUCCGCGCCGUCCCCGUGACCGCCACCAUCAGCGAGUCCACCGUCGACGACCGCUACACCAUCAUGUUCAGUGACGAGAACCCAAACGCCUGCUCCAUCAUGUAAACGCCGUGCAUAUAUAUAAUAUAUAUGUGAUCCACAACGUUACCUAGAUCACUGUAAUUAUCUUGGAAGUGUUUUCGGACAGUAAGUUUGUUUGUUGAAGUAAUGAAUCAGAUAUGAUGAUUUUUGGCCAAUUCAAAUGAUGAAACUUUUGUUUACCACUUCAUUGUGGUCCGAGUCGAUCGGUCCGCCGAUAGAUAGAUGGGCAUUCUUGUAAGGAUUUUGAGUUCAGUGGAUCGAGUA